AAAAAUCCUCGACACGCGUCGUAUAUUCUCUCACUGCGUGAAAUUAAGUUCCACUGUUAAUUUGACCAAAUUGUCUUUUUUUGAAGAAAAAGUCUCUCAACGCACAAAACGGAACAAUUAAUAACCUAAAUUGCAAUAUGUCAGUGGUGGGGCAUUUAAUAUGAACUACAGAUCCCCUGGUGCACCUGUAUCAGCUAUCAGUAUGCGCGCGCACCCUUUCCUCAGGCUGCUGCUGCGUUUGUAGAUUCAUAAACAAACCAUCUACAGUUAGCUGCACGGUGAUGGGGCUGACGAGGAGAUCCAGAUGAGUGUGAGAGCUGCUGAAGAGCGUUGUCACUCCUGAACACGGCUUCAGUUUAUAUUUGGCUUAAAGGAGACGCAACAAAGCGCACAAAAUGGCUGUUCCCCGGGCCUGGGCGAACAAGUAGGUUUACUAUAGCUUUAAGAACGAGAAAAUAGUGUCUGCUUCUUUAAAAUUAUAUCGGUUUUAGCUGAAUAGAUAAUUAAGAAAAGUUUUAAGUUCCCAAUGAAUAAAUGUACGAAUUUAAUUUGCGACGAAUCCGAGAGAAAAUGCACGAGUGCUGGAUAAGGGCCGCUUGCAGCGAAAGCGUCUUUAAAGCAGACGUGCCGAGUUAUUUCUCACUUUGCGUGUGAACCUGCUUGACUUAAGGGGCGAUUCGAGGUCGGACAUAUACCCGCCGCGGUGAUGGAACCAGCCGGCAACAGAGCCGAGGAUGUAAAUAGAGACGAAGAGCCGCGGGAGGACAAGGCCGCGGAGCAGACCCCGGCCACCAGUACGGCCGGUACGCCGCGGAGGGCCCUCAGAGAGCGGGGAGCGGGCCGACCCAGGGUGGGCGUCCCCCCCGCCGCGGAGGUUAACGGAGCCGCGUCGACCGCGCAGGUCUCCGGGCGGGUUCUGAGGGACAGGUCAACCAGGGCAGUGCCGGCCUGGCUCAAGGACUCGAAAAGCGACGAGGACGAAGACGAGCCGAGUCCGGACAGCAGCGCGACCACCAAGCGGAGGAAAGUUCCCAGCUCCAGGCGCAGGAAAGGGCUCGACUCGGCGGGUCAGGUGGAAGCCGGAGAGGGGCUCCCAGGAGACAGCCUUCAGGGCACAGAUUCAGAAGACCCGAAGGGACCUGCCUCAGAUGUUCAAGCUCCUCCUCCCAAACGAUCCCCGGCCCAGAAUAAUGCCCGGCCAGCAGCUGGCAGGGCCGCCCGUAGCUCUGCCAAGCCCGUGUGUAAGACCGAACCUGAAAUUGAGACUCCAUCUGCAGUGGAGGAAGAGAGCACCGAUAAAGAGCAGUCUCACAAUGAAAAGAAAGAGGAGGACAGCGAGGCGGUAGCAGACCAGGUCCUGGAUAGCGAAGACCUUCCCUAUCAGGAGGACCCCGACGAUUUCAGCUUCCAGCCACAGAGUCAGAGCAGUGUUGAAGAGGAGGAGGCUCUCAGCAGUGAUGAAGACGUUCCCUUUAGAGACGACUUAAACGAUCAGAGCUACGACCCGAGGGCUGAACGGUUUCUGGACCUUCCUAAACCAAAGCGCAAAGUUCCUCCAAGGCAGAAGGACAAGAAAGAAAAGGAUAAGGCACCUAAAAAGGAAAAAGAGGCUUCUGAGAUCAAAGUAGAGGGUUCAGAUAACGUGGAGAUGGUGCAAGAGGAGGUGAAGCUGGAGGAGGAGACAGCAGAAGAUCCAGAUGGACCAAGGAAGAGAGGCCGUAGGAAAAAAGACGACAAAACCCCCCGACUGCCGAAGAGGCGGAAGAAGCCGCCUGUGCAGUAUGUGCGCUGCGAGAUGGAAGGAUGUGGGACGGUGCUGGCUCAUCCUCGCUACCUCCAGCAUCAUAUAAAGUAUCAGCACUUACUCAAGAAGAAGUACGUUUGUCCUCACCCGUCGUGUGGGAGGCUGUUCCGCCUACAGAAGCAGCUGCUGCGUCACGCCAAGCACCAUACAGACCAGAGAGAUUAUAUCUGCGAGUUUUGUGCCCGGGCCUUCAAGAGCUCCCACAACCUGGCUGUUCACCGCAUGAUCCACACGGGAGAGAAGCCUCUACAAUGCGAGAUCUGUGGCUUCACCUGCCGCCAGAAGGCGUCCCUCAACUGGCACAUGAAGAAGCACGACGCCGACGCCACCUACCAGUUCUCCUGCUCCAUUUGCGGCAAGAAGUUUGAGAAGAAGGACUGCGUGGUGGCCCACAAGGCCAAGAGCCACCCCGAGGUGCUGAUCGCCGAGGCGCUGGCGGCCAACGCCGGCGCCCUCAUCACCACGCCGCCGUCUCUGCUGGAGCUGCCCGGCAACCCCGUGCAAGCGGAGGCGACGGGCGCGGACAUGAGCCACGCCGGGCACGACGGCGAGCUGGACCAGCUGGGCCAGCACAUGGCCCAACAGGUGAGCCCUCAGGUGGUGUUACUGGGGCAGGAACCGAGCCUCCACACCAUGCAGGUGCCCGUGACGAUAGCCCUGACCCCCAUCGACCCCCCGUCUCCGGCCGACAACCAGCAGCAGACGCACGUCCAGCUCCAGAUGCCCGUCCAGUUCGUGCAGGCCGGCCAGCAGCUGCAGCAGCAGCUGGCCCUCCACCCCGGCUCCGUGGUGACCCAGCACCAGCCGCAGCUCCAGCCCAUGCAGCCGUACCCCUCCCACCCGGACGGCCAGGGUCAGACGCAAAUCCUGCAGAUGACCUUCCAGCCCGUGGGCCAGUCGCAGAGCCACGUUCACCAGAUCCCCAUCCUGGCCGGCUCCCAGCAGCUGCAGACCAUGCAGACGGCCGCUCACAGCCCCCCGCUUUUGUCCGCCGCCUCCCACCCCCAGGACCCGUCGUCCGCCAACGGGAACGCCCUUUUCCUGGACAAUCCGCCGCUGUCCUCCUCCUCCUCCGCCGCCCCGCCGUGCGGCUCGCUCCAUCAACCGGAAGCGGCGGGGGAGAGCUGCGCGGCGUGGGAGCCCGCGCGGCCGGGGGAGGCUCAGGCCGAAGGCGGCGAGGCGCACGUGCAGCAGGUCAUCAUAUAAAACCAGCCGGGGGCCGCGCGCGAAGACGAGGACACGCUGGCCGAAGAACGGCCCGAGACAAACGUAGGAUCACAGAUGUAUGUGCUGCUCACCCGUCGUCUGACUUGGUAGCUUUUUUAGAGUUUCCGUAUCAGGGAGAGAGGUGUCUGUGUACGUCUGUCGCCUUUGUACAUUACAGUCCUGUAACUAGCUGUUUGAGUUUGUGUGUUGAUGAGUUUAGGUUCCAGUUAUGCAAUAAUAUAUCAACCCCCCCCCCCCUUUUUUUUUUCUGAGAAGGUUGCUGAACAUGUGGCAAACAGAAAGCUGGACUACAUUAAUUUAAUUGACCAAACCUAUUAUUUUUAGCCUUUAUUGUAGAAGGUUAAGGAGAA